CUGCAAAGAUAAGGCCAGAACUCUAUAAGCAAUUGAGUUAUCUCGCUCACCAUUUUGAAUAUAGCCGUUGACAUGGCUGCAGGUAAAGGAUGUUACAGCUUAAUCAGCCAAUGCUGUUUUAAGUACGAAACACCCAAAGUACUGGUGAUCCAAAACAAGACCGUGGGAUUGAUCAACAGACUUAUUCAGGCUUCCAUUUUUUCCUAUGUGAUUGGGUAUGUCUGUGUGAUCCAGAAGGGCUACCAAGACACUGACUCUGUAAUCAGCUCUGUUACCACUAAGGUCAAGGGCAAUGCUUUGGCCAACAUCUCUGAGCUGGGUGUCCAAGCGUGGGACGUGGCUGACUACAUCAUACCACCUCAGGCGGAGAACUCCUUCUUUUUAUUGACGAAUCUGAUUGUCACCCAGAACCAAACACAGUCCACCUGUGCUGAGCUCCCUAGCCCAUCCACCAUUUGCACUUCAGACAGCAACUGCUCUGCAGGAUUCAGCAAUGUCCACAGCAAUGGUAUCCAGACUGGGAAAUGUGUGGAUUAUUCAGACACUGUCAAGACAUGUGAAGUGACGGCUUGGUGCCCAUUGGAAAUAGACACAAACCUGCCUAAGCCUGCUGUGCUGGCAGAUGCAGAAGAGUUUACAGUGCUCAUAAAGAACAGCAUCCAAUACCCCAAAUUCAACGUCAAUAAGAGAAACAUCCUUCCUCAUCUUAACUCUUCCUACUUGAAACGCUGCACUUUCAACCGCCAAACUGACCCAGACUGCCCCAUCUUCCGUCUCAAAGAUAUUGUCGCCGAGGCAAAUGAGGACUUCCAGGCCAUGGCCAUACAUGGAGGGGUGAUUGGGAUCUUGAUUGACUGGAGCUGCAACUUGGACAUGCCUGAAAAUAAGUGCGUCCCAAAGUACUCCUUCCACAGACUGGACAACAAGAACACUACCAACAACGUGGCCCCCGGAUACAACUUCAGGUUUGCCAAAUAUUAUAAAGACUGUGAUGAUAUGGACAUGCGAACACUGAUCAAAGGUUACGGAAUCCGUUUUGAUGUGAUUGUCUUUGGAAAGGCUGGUAAAUUUAACAUGGUGCCCACACUGGUGAACAUUGGUGCUGGAAUGUCCUUUCUCAGCUUGGUCAGUGCUGUUUGUGAUUGGGUUGCCCUGACAUUCCUGAAGAAAAGAAAAUACUACAGCAAAUACAAAUACAUUCAUUUGGAUGAAAAUGACGACACAAGCCAACACAAGGCAGUGGACCUGGCCGUCACUGUGGCUCUCACUCAGCACUGA